GUGGCACUACGAAUAUCUUCUCAUUCUUCAAAUUACAAUAUGGCAAUUGAUUAUUCCAAAUGGGACAAGCUUGAGUUAUCGGAUGACUCAGACGUUGAAGUUCACCCCAAUGUCGACAAGAAGUCCUUCAUUAAGUGGAAGCAAAGAGAUAUUCAUGAAAAGCGUCAGCAAAGAAAUCAGGAGCUCAAAUCGAUAUUAGUACAAUUAACCAUGUAUGCCAAACUUAACGAGAGGGUUGACUCUCUCUUGGAAGCCUUGACGCCAUCGCAAAUCAGUGAUGAUGCUGCAGUCACCAAAUUUCUAGAUGAAAAGUUUGACAAGCAUGAAAAGUUUGACUACGAUGCUUUACUAAAGACCAAGGGAGAUACUUUACGUAAAGGGUUGAAGGAUUUAACAUUUGAUCCGGCUGAGUUUGAAACCACUCCACCAUACAAUGAGAUGGUGGAAGACUUGUUUGUUCAAAUCAAGGAAGAUCAUGCGGAUGCCAAAGAUGCUUUAAAGUUGGUUAACUACGCAAAAGAACACAGAGCCAGAAUCGAUGAUUUGUUGUCCAAACAGAGCAUUAAGUUGGACGAUUUGUUAUACCAAAAGUCCUUGUUAAUCAGCAGUGACGACUACCACACUGGCUUUGAUCGGUCUUUCUUGAAUAAAGAUGAAGAAGAGAGAACACCAGAAACAAAAACCGUAACUUCUGUGGAGACUAUCAACUCUCCAGGCGUGACAAACACACCUCCCAAAAAGGCUGAAAAGACUGAAAAGGAGGUUUUGGAAGAGUUGCAAGUGAUGCCCGAAACAACUGAGUUUUCAAAGAUUCCGUUGGGAGACUACGUAAAGAGUGGUGCGUACUUGGUCAAACAUCCAUGGAUCUGCACUGAGCAACAGAAAGAUGCUUUGAUCAUGACUGCUUUUGACCAUCAGCUUGCUGGUGACCUGAAAGCCGCCAGGCAAGUGAUUCACCAGUCUCUUCUUUUACAGUACAUCGCCCAGUUGUGCGGAGGAGGUCCCAAUUACAAUAAAGAUGCUACUGUAAAAGCCAUCAAGCUAUUCAUAGGUAAAAUCAAUGAUCCAUCUGUGCCAGUCAGAACCGGAUUUUUACAGGACUACGAAAACACCUUCAAUCACAUCCAAAACAGAUGUGAGCUUAUCAAGCAAGAACAGUCCCAAGCCCUGGAUGAUGAUGGAGAAGAAGGAGAGGCUUUGAUUCAAUUGAGAGCUUUGGAUGAAGGUACAGAACUCUCUGUGGAUAUCCCUCCUGAAGGCACACCCGAGUAUCAACUUUUCACAACCGAAUUACCUCUUGAAAUGCAAGAGGCCGUCAAAACCAAAUCUUUGGACGAAGUCAACAAGGUGUUUGCCAAAUAUAAGAUAGAAGAUGCCGAGCAAAUCUUGGAAAUCAUUAACCAGUGUGGAGUCAUUGGAGUAUCUGGAUAUAUAGAAGAUGAGCAUGAGUUUGAAGAACUUCAGAAGCAGUAUAACGAACAACAAAUCCAGGAGGUGGAAGAAGAGGCGGAUGACAAUGCUGAUGCUGAUUCAAGUGUGGUUCAUACUGAAACCCCUAACACUGAAGAUAUUGUAGAUUGACCAUUAGUAUAUAGUAGUUGAUAAACCGGUUUAUCUUUGAUUCAACUUGGCUAAUGUUUCCAUUAAUGUAGAGCUACCAGUAGAGUCUCGGGACUGAAGCUGUGACAAAAGAGAGUUUACCUGCAGUUGGUCACUGGUUCCACUGUUUACAGAAGGUGUGUACUCGUUGUCAUUUUCAACCAGCUGCACUGGUGGGGGUGGGCGGUAUUGUGCCUGUUGUUGCUGUUGCUGAUGCUGCUGCUGUUGUUGUUGUUGCUGUUGUUGUUGUUGUUGUUGUUGCUGCUGCUGCUUUUGCUGCAAAAUCGUGAUCAUGUUUUGCAUGGACGCUGGAUCCAUGUUUUGAAUAGUUUGGAAGAGCUGUUCCUUGUUAAGCUGAAUUGGUUGUUGAUACCCUUGGUUGCCAUAAGGAAUGUUCGCCGUUUGGGGAGGAAACUGGUUUCCAUAUUGAGCACCAUAUUCAUAUUGGUUAUUAUGAUGGUUUCCAAAAUGACCACUCGGAUUGCUAUACAGAUUGUGUACAUUGUACUGGCUGUAAUGCUGACCUCCGUGUUGGUUCUGGCCCUUCUGGGCCUUCUUCUGCCCGAUCCGUCUUUCAUUUCUUCGAGCUCGGCUGUUUCCAUCUGAAUGAGUCUGUUUGUUCAACUCCAUACUAUUCAUGGUCCCCAUAUUUGCAUAUCUCUUGUUCCUAGCUUCUAGGAUGACUUCCACGCCAACAUCUGGGUCAAUGUCAGCAUAUUCAUCAAACUUGAUGCCUGCAUCGGGAGUGGUUUCAAAGACCUGAACAUCUACUUUGUUUUCCUUUACCACACAAGUUGACAUGAUUCCGGAGUAAGCAGCUUCACUUAUAACCU